AUGGCGCAGCCUGCCUUGUCUCGUUUGACCCUCAUUCGGCCGUCGAUUCGCUCGUUCGCCCGGGAUGCCAGGAUACCAGGAUACCAGGAAGGCGCCUCAGGAGCCCCAUUGCUCACGGCGAUCAAUCAACCAGCCGCUCCAUCACCUGUGCGGCGUGCAACACCCACUUCUGCCGUCAUCCCUGCAGUGCCUUUCCCUGUACAAUUUAUCGUGACCGACGAGUUAUCCGUAUGGCACAUGGACAUGCUCUGCAGUGCUCAGCGGCCUCCCGUAGCGUACUCGAAAUCGGUGCCGGCUCGAGCGUCCUCCUCGGCCCUCGGCCCCUCGGCCCCUCGGGGGGCGAGAGCGAGUGGCCUGCGUCCACACGGUGCCAAGUUCGGUGGCGAAAUCCAUAUGGCACACCGGCGGGAUGCAGAUGCACGGUGUACGGCGCCGACUGCCGUUGAAUCAGUUGAGCAAACGGUACCUCCAAAUCAGGCGAUUUUACCCCCCGUCCGCGCCCCUGAUUGGCCGAACCACCCGGCACUGGCCCGUGCCCGCCGCCGCGCAUGGAUGUGUGAUGCAGGCCUGAAACGAGAAACCAGCGCCAGCAUCACGGGCCAAGCCUUCCCUAAGCGCCCACCACCAGUGACCUCCCUCCUUCCCACACUGCCCGGCCUCCUUCCCACACUGCCCGGGCACUUUCCCACACUGCCCGACCUCCUUCCCUCACUGCCCUCCUUCCCUCGAUGCCCCCCUUCCCUCGCUGCCCUCCUGCCUUCACUGCGCCUCUUGCCUUCCCGCCCGCCUUCUUGCUCUUCUCCGGCUCUCCAAUCCGCUUUCUCACCUGCAUCGGCGUUGAGCCUGCUGGAACCGACUGCGGCCUCGUCUCUCUCUCAUCUCUUUUUCCACUUGCCCGUGUCGGCCGACUGCGGCUGCGCUGCGCUCAUUCACCAUCCUGUACAUUCUCUCGUGUUCGCUGUAUUCGUCCAACCACCUCCCCGUGCCGACGCCGGUCGUCGACAGCAGCAUUCGCGACUGCACCCGCACCCGCACCGCACCCGCACCCGCACCGCACCCGCACCCGCAUCCCCUCCGUCCCUCGCCCGGCCAUCGGCCAAUCUCGGACCAGCUGCUCGCCGGAUACGCAGUCGGGCGUCAUCGACACUCCCGGAGGCCACCUCGCACCCCAUUCCUUCGGCCCCGAGCGAGUCGUCGCCCGUCUUGCCAAUGCCCGACAAAGUCUUCCUCGCGGCCCUCAUCGCCGAUGCCGUCUUCCUCGCCACCGGCUGCCUCGAGCUCGGCUUCUCCCUCAUCGUCCGCGGCCAGAUGAACGACGAUCCGCAGGACGGCAGGGAGGCCGUCCGCUACCUGCUCUACCAAAUGUUUCCCCUCAGCACCGGCAUCGUCAACGGCACCUUGAUCAUCGUCGUCUUCCUCUUCACAAUCCCGGGGCUCUUGUCGCCCAUGCGGAGCUGGCUCAAGCUUUCCGGCUACUUGAUCACCGCAUGCGGCCUCUUCACCCUCUGCGUCGGUGUCUAUCUCUGGGUCAUGACCCUGCGGACAAAGGAGACCUUCUUCCCCAUCUAUCUCGACCAGAAACCUGACGUCCAGCACUUGAUACAAACAACGUUCGAAUGCUGCGGCUAUUUCAACCACACGACGCCAGCCUUUGUCACCGACAACACGUGCCCCAGCCCGGCCGCCGCCGCUCUCGUCCGUGGGUGUGGAACGGCCAUCUCGAGCUUCUCAAACACCUUCAUCGACAACAUCUUCACUGCCGUCUUUGGCAUGGUCGGAAUCGACACCAUCCUCAUCCUGGCCAUUGCCUGCCUCCUCAAGGACCGCAAAGAGCGUGAGCGAUACCGCCAGAUAGAUGAGAAAGGAGGCUACCGGUCAUUUUGA